UGAGCAGAAGAUGUAGCCGAGUUUGCUCGCAGCAUGGAUAACAGCAGUGGUCCUGUUCUUCUCCUUACCUUGCUGCUGCUGCAGAACACGAGCAGCCCCAAAGCCUCCUCCCCUCCUGCUGGCUCCGAGAUGGCAGAACCUCCAGCCCCAUGCACGGGCCCCAGCACGAACCACUCUCUGGUAGAGUAUGGGCUGAGGCCGGGGGAAAUCACAGCUGCCAGCGUGCUUUGGGGAGUGCUGUGGCUGAUCUCCGUCUUGGGAAACUUCCUCGUUUGCUUAGUGAUCCACAGGAGCAGGAGGACGCAGUCCACCACCAACUACUUUGUGGUGUCCAUGGCCUGUGCCGACCUGGUGAGCAGCGUGGGCAGCGCGCCCUUCCUGCUGCUGCAGCUGAGCUCGGGGCGCUGGGCGCUGGGCAGCGGCGUGUGCCGGCUGGCCAGGUACCUCCAGUACCUCACGCCCGGGGUCCAGACCUACGUGCUCCUCGCCAUCAGCGUGGAUCGAUGCUACACUCUCAUCCAUCCCAUGAAUUUCAGAGUUUCCAGGGAGAAAGCCAAGAGAAUGACUCUGGUCUCCUGGCUCUGUGGUGCUCUGUUUGCAUCGCCGGCCUGUUUUCUCUAUGGCUCCAGCAGUGACCACCACUGCAACUUCUUCCUCCCUAGUUCUUGGCUAGGAGCCGUCUCUGGUGUCAUCCAACUCUCAGUGCUGUUGUUUUUGAUUCCAUCACUCCUCAUUAUCCUCUGCUACCAGAAACUCUUCGCCUACAUUUGGAGAAGUGGCACUGAGUACACAGCUGGAAGGAGGACAGUGAAUCUUGUCUUAAGAAGAAAAGUGAAAACUGUCAAGAUGUUCUCCAUCUUUGUCUUGAAUUUUCUUCUGUCCUGGCUGCCU